AUGAUUAAAAACCUUGUGUUACCAUGGAAACAAAUAUUAGGAUUUUUUGUUUCUAGUGGUCCUGUAUCGGGUGAUCGUCUUAAACAAAUUAUGAUACAUACUAUUCAAAAACUAAUAGAAUGUGGUUUGAUUCCAAAGGUUAUAAUUUGUGACCGAGGAUCAAAUAAUAUGAAAAUGCGAAAAUUGUUUGGAGUGACAAUGGAAAAACCUUACAUCACUUAUAAUAAUGAAAAUAUAUUUUUUAUGCACGAUCCUCCACACUUACUAAAAUCUGUUAGGAAUAAUUUAAAAAAAUAUACUUUUACAAAUGGACAUGAAAGUUAUUUUUGGAAAGAUAUUGAAGACUUUUCCAAUAUAGAUAGUAAAAUUAAACCACGAUUAGCAAGUAAAUUAAAAAAAAAUCAUAUAGAGCUUCCACCCUUCUCACCCAUGAGAGUUUGUUUAGCUGCACAGACAUUUAGUAACUCAGUUAGUGCAGGAAUUUUAACAUUAGUUUCAUUUAAUCGUUUGAAUAAUAAAUCAACAUUUACUGCAAAAUUUGUUAAAUUUUUUAACGAUAUAUUCGACUGUUUUAAUAGUAUUAAAAUGAGUGAAUCAGUUGUACUUAAAAGGCCAAUAACAAGAAAUUCAAAACAUUGGUCAUUUUUAGAAGAAGCUCAAAUAUUUCUUUCAACUCUUAAAGUUAAUAAUAAACGAAAAAAUAUCCCCCCUUGCAUACUUGGUUGGCAAGAAAAUAUUAAUUGUAUUAAACUCUUAUACAAUGAAUUAAACAUAAAAUAUGAAAUUGAUUAUUUAUUAACCAGACGUCUAACCCAAGAUUGUAUUGAAUGUUUAUUUUCAAUUUUAAGAUCAAAAGGAGGUAAUAAUGUAACUCCAGAUGCAUCAAAAUUUUUUUCUGCAAUUCGAAUGUCUAUGUGCAACAUGUUAAUUAAUCCAUCUAAUAAUGCAAAUUGUGAAAAAGAUGCAUCAAAGUUUUUAGCAUUAUCCAAAGACCUAAGAGUAAAGAAUAAAGUACAAUUGCAUAAGUUGGCUGACAGUGAUUUUGAUUUUUCCAACAAUUAUGAAGAUUUUCUUAGCAAUAUGAAUAUUAACUACAUUCUUAUGGAUAACGAGACAGCAAAUGGUAUAGCAUAUAUAACAGGUUGGGUUUGUUCUCAAUUAACUCAUAAGGCUUGUGUUGAAAAAUUGGCAUCCAGUAACAAAUCUGAGAAUAGUGCUUCUUUCAACAUAGAUAAUACCUUAAUCAAUAUGAAGGAAUACAAUGAUUGUAAUUUAUUGUACCCUUUUAUAAAAACACUUGAAUAUACAAAGCGUAUAACUGCAUUUAUUAACUCAAUUCAUCAAUUGAAGAAUUACUUUUUAUAA